GUAAAAACUAUGAAGUUUAAUAAUGAAAAUAAAAGAGUGUAAUUAUUAUAAAAUUAUAGGAACUUUCUUCUGUAGCAAUGGUCCCUCUCUGGCCUCACGAUUACCGUUUACAGUAUAGAGACGUUGAGAAGCCAUUAGAAAGUUGCCAGCUUCUCCAUUCCACUUUCUCUCCACCACUUUCACCUGAACCUCACGUCACGUUCUCUCUCUAAAACUCCAUAAAUCCCAAACCUUUCUUACUCUCUCUCUCUCUCUCUCUAUCACAAGCUCUGAGCCUUUUUCAUUCUCUUCAUGGGAAACCUCUGUUCUCUGUUUGCUCCGCCGAAGCCCGUGAAGAAGAGACGACCCAUCAAGAAGCGGCAACCAUCUUUAUCCGGGUCGGGUUCUGGUCCUAAUACCAACCGGUUGAACCGGUUCAGGUCAUCGUCCUCUAACAAGUUCGAUGAUGCCGUGACUCAGGAGCAAGCUCUUGCCGCUGCUGCCAUUUUGUCCAGACAGCAGAAAAGCGGCGGAUCGCUGCCGUUUGAACGGUCCGCGUCGCAACGUCAUCCCGUUUCUGUCUCGAAGAAGAAUCAGUUGCCUCGGAGCUCCAGCACUAGGUCAAGAUCCUCCACGGAUCCUCUGUUGCAGCCUCAUCAGUUCCUUAACCAGGGUGUUAAGCUAGAUGACUUGGAAACAAACCAUUUUAUCCUCAUCCAUGGAGGAGGUUUUGGUGCUUGGUGUUGGUACAAAACCAUUGCACUCCUGGAGGAAGAUGGUUUCAAAGUUACAGCCAUAGACUUAGCUGGUUGUGGUAUCAACUCGUUCAAUAUAAAUGGCAUCGCCAGUUUGUCACAAUACGUGAAGCCACUUACUGACAUUCUUGAAAAGCUUCCCAUAGGAGAGAAGGUGAUCUUGGUUGGUCAUGAUUUUGGUGGAGCAUGUAUAUCAUAUGCUAUGGAACUGUUUCCUUCCAAGAUUUCAAAAGCUGUUUUCCUCGCUGCAGCAAUGUUAACAAAUGGACAAAGUACACUUGAUAUGUUCUCGCUGCAGGCAGGUCCGAACGAUCUAAUGAGAAAAGCUCAGAUUUUUAUCUACACAAAUGGUAAUGAACAUCCUCCAACGGCCAUUGACUUAGACAAAUCUCUUAUCAGAGACCUUUUGUUUAAUCAAAGCCCAUCAAAGGAUAUUGCAUUGGCUUCUGUAUCAAUGAAGUCAAUACCAUUCGCUCCGGUUCUCGAGAAACUCUCUCUCUCAGAUGGUAACUACGGUUCAGUGAGACGGUACUACAUAGAGACGUUAGAGGAUAAUGCUAUACCAGUGACUCUCCAAGAAAACAUGAUUAAUAGUAGUCCACCUGAAAAAGUUUACCGGUUAAAAGGUGCUGACCAUGCUCCUUUCUUCUCCAAGCCACAAGCUUUGCAUAAACUUUUGCUAGAGAUCGCCAGGAAUACUAGACCUACUUAACCUCUCCUCUCUUGCAGGGUGUCUUCAUCAAUAUAUAUUCACUAACUGGUGUUUUAAAGUGGCUCCCCGUAAGAUUUCUCUUCAUUUGUAUUUUGUUGUUCUUGUUUUAUUUGUGUUUCUUUUCUUGUCUGUUUAAGGUUUAUCUAUUGGACCUUUUCUUCUUCUUGUUUUGUUUUUACGUGAAAUAAAAAUGUUUACAGAAAU